GCGUUGUUCGAUUAAUAAUAUAUUGUGCGUCGGAGGAAGAUGUGUUGAUGGCAAUAUCGCCAGUCUAUUCCAUUUAAGGGCAGCGCAACAAGGCAUCGUUUUCGUCAUGCAUUGGUGUCUCGUGUGGUGUUUUAUCCAAUGUUUCUGUGUUGGUGCCUUCUGUGAUCAUGGUGCAGCUGUGCAGAGUAUCGACUGCAGGGAGACGGCGGAGUCACUCUUACAAUCUGGAGCUUGCAAUUCAACCCAAAACUGCACUGUGUAUUGUAAGGGCAGUUGCUACAAUGACAGUGAGGCCGAAGUGUUGGGCACUGCGUUCUACGCUCUGCCGUCAUCCAUCUGCAAGAGUGCCCUGCAUGACUUGCGCAUUUCCUACUGGAAUACCAGUGCCAAGACAGUCACUUUUGUGACCUCUGGACAGGAUGACACACGCAGUAACUUUGUUGGAUCUGUUCGCUUCAAUAUCCAAUCAAAAAACCACUUUCCGAGGACAAGAAAUUUUUACUUCACCUCGCCGAGGAUAAUCGAGGAAGUGCUAGACGUCACCAUGCUUCAUCGCAACUUUAUCUACGGCUGUGAGGAUACGCCCUCGCAGGAAUGUCAUGUGCCUGAGAAAUAUACUGCGCACUUUGAUUACACGGUUAAAGAAAUGAAACUCAACGGUGCAGUCAACCUGUCACCGUCGCCUAGCAACGGAUACUACAACAUCGUGUGGCCGAGGACGAUUUCGCCCAACAUUCGCACUAACAUGUUCUGGUGCAGACUCCAUAAUAGGUUGAUGUCAGACAUCGCAUCUCCCGCCAUAUUCUACGGUGACAUCGGACCUGGACAUGGUUGCGGUCGAUGCCCCACUCAGCCCGUCCUGUCAACCGCGAGGUCCCCAUAUGAAUGCGCAAGUCGAUCCAGUUUCGUACCAUUUCUUCCAAGACACUACACGAUCACCGUAAGCCUCGGAGAACCGUUGGAGAUAGACGUUGUUCCUCUGAAACCGGGCAAUGUGACAUCGUGGGUUAAGGAGGAUGGCAGCGGCAGCGGCGACCAGCCCGUUUUGUACCAUGGUGGCCAGGAUAUGCAUAAACUAAACUACAAAAGGGCUGAGUUGCACCACAGUGGAGUAUACAUCGUUAGUUUGCCAUCGGUAAAAGACGUAACAUUUCCCGGAGAGAACCGAGCUCUGAUGCGAGUCAUCGUGCGAAUGUGCAGAGCAAACAAGUACGGACCUUUAUGCGAAUCCACAUGCCCUGACUGCAAAAACGGUGGCAUUUGUCACGACAUCACCGGUCGUUGUAUCUGUCCACCAGGGUUUAAAGGAGAACUCUGCGAAGAAGCCUGUGGAGAUGACAAAUUUGGCCAGCAAUGCCAGAAACGCUGUUCAGACACCAAUCCCGACCCUAAGUCGAAAACCUGUUCGGGCAUCAUGAUCUGCCUUCCUGAUCCUUAUGGUUGUUCUUGCGGAACUGGCUUCAAGGGAUUCUUCUGCAACGAAACGUGUUCCCGGCACGAAUACGGCGCCGACUGCAAGAAGAGGCGCGUCUGUCACUGUAAGAACAACGGCACCUGCAAUAUCUUCACGGGAACGUGCUUUGAAGACCAAGGAGAGUGUCUCGAUGGCUGGAAGAAUAAGCCUUACUGCGACAUCAGCUACCCUCUUCUUAAGAGAAAACCAAAAGUUUCAGACAUCAGUGACACCAGCGCUAGAGUGAUGUGGGACGCAUGGAAGUCUGGACGAGAUACAGGCGAAGGGAACCCUAAAGCGUACUUGCUCCAAUACAAGGAAAUUACACGCGCGAACUGGCCGAUUACUCGAAAUGUUAUCCCUCCAACGAUCCAUAGUCGUGUUCUGUCGGGAUUGAAACCUGACACCUCCUAUGAGGUCAGAGUCCUGGUGAUCGACAGCGACAACAAGUACCGGAGUGAAGGGGCUCAGGAAAAACGCUUUAGAACGCGUUGUGGACGUCCCUCAGAGACGCCUUCUUCCAUCAUGAUUGACACCUCUCACAGCAGAUCAAUCACCGUCAAGUGGGAGAAUCCUCCUCGACACUCUUGGAACUGUUGGACCAUCAAUGUCACCCUCAUGUACAACGACAGCAGAACUACGUUCAAUCUAACAGAUUAUCCAGGAUCCCACCCAAAAACUAAUCACUCGUUCUCCACAAAGCCGUAUACUUUAUGGAACAUCAAACUUCGUAUGGAGACACCAGAUGGAGAGCCAGGAGAAUGGACUGCUAUGGGAACAGUCAUCUCCGCUCAGGAUGCUCCGUCCGCUGUUCUUAACGUGACUUUAGAAGAGAGGCAUACUCGGAAUGCAACCAUUCGAUGGCUUCCACCCAAUGAGACUAACGGAAUCCUCCGUAACUACGAGAUUACGUUUCGUUUGCUACCAGCCAUCGAAAGAACGACAUUCUUUUGGAGAGAAUGCGCCAGUGCUGUUUACACUAAUAACAGCACAACCGUCACGUGCGACACUCAGCGGAUCACUUUGUCAGGGUUAAAGCCAUACGCUGAGUACGUCGUUACGAUCAGGGCUUUUACCAUCAAAGCUGGGCAAGAGGCGGGAUUGACUUUCCGAACAGCACGAACAGUUCCUGACGGAAUGGUAUGGUUCCUGUCGCCUGCCAUAAGACGAGACCACGUGGAAAUACGUUGGUCAAAAUUUCCAUGCGAGCAAGUCAACGGCAUACUACUCCAGUACCUCGUGACCACCCAAAGCCCUGACCCAUGGGAGACAGAAGUCUAUGAAAUGUGGACGUGGCCAAACCUGCUACGAAGUGGCCACGCGGACGGAAUUGUAUACCACAGGCUUGUCCCACAUACUCGAUAUAAUGUGCGUGUGACUGUAGAAAAUUUGGAUGGACUAUCGCGACGAUCUGCUUACAUGAACUUCACUACACCGCCCGUAGAGCCCCUUGCGCCCAGUGGACUUGUGGUGGAACAGCAAUCGAGGACGAACAUUUCCCUAACCUGGAUCGCUCCCUACCCACCUUACGGUGUCCUCGACUAUUAUAACAUAGAGCUUCGACCAGAGAGCACGACAGCGCCUGCAGUGACAAGGCACGUCGAGGCUAAGCAAGCGCUGUGUAGUGGAAUAGAAGAUCCGAGGAUGCAGUGCUCUACGAUCUUUGGUCUCCAACCAGAUACCAAAUACUACAUUACGGUGUUCGCUGCAAACAAUGGAACAGGACUAGGACUUCCUUCAGAAGUAGUAGAGGCAGAAACGAGGGUGCUACCUCCAGAUCCACCGAGAGGAUUGUCUGUCAGAAACCCAACAGAACACAGCAUCAGGGUAGCGUGGAAAGCACCCGCAAAGAAAAACGGGGUACUCAUGCACUACAGGGUGAACUCAUCGUUGGUGCACUCUUACGACGCGGAGCUGCUGAACACAAGCCUUGUAAACUCUAGUCUCUUGUGGAACACCUCUACCCUAUGGUAUGACCUGAAGCCCCUGUUCCCGGGUUGCACUUACAACGUGUGCGUAGAAGCCAGCACAAGUGCAGGUUAUGGAGCUCCUCAAUGCAAACAAGCCCACACCAAGGCAUCAGUCCCAUUGAUAGACGAGCCUGGCUUGCAAGGAGUCGUCGACAACAUGGUCAUCCUCCAACUAUCUCCGGCCAGUCGUAAGAAUGGACCCAUCAGCAACUACUACGUGCUCGUCGUACGAGGCUACGAGGACUUGAAGGGCGACGUGACGCCGCUGCCCUACCAGGAGUCUCUGGAACGUGGCCUACAUUAUUACGUGGCUGCUCGUGUUGCCCCCGGAGAGUUAAAAGAAGACAGGGAGUUUCUCGCUGGCGAUGACUCUGUCGUGGGAGGAUACCACAAUGCUCCUCUGGAGCCUGCAACACCAUACCGGUUCUCGCUGCUGGUUGAGAGCAACAUUUCUGGGCAUGUGACGUACACUUACAGAUUGUCUCAGCCCAUCAUUGUCAACCCUAGGCCAGAUGGAGGAACCACUGUGGCCGUAUUGAUAAGCGUUCUCCUCAUAUUCGCCAUAUCAGCAGCAGCAUUAUACUACCGCAGUAGACGCAAGCGAAACCUGUCUGCUGAACGAAGAUGUGCCCUAGCACCUCCAGCUACGAAAGAAGUUCUCAGCAAAUCCUCUGUUGGUUAUGAUAAGUGUGCCCCGGAAACUGAAGAGUACGUCGUCCUGAAUACAUCGCAGAGGAAAGGAACGAACGUAGAGUUGUUAUCGGUCCAACAAUUUCGGACGCAUGUCAUCAAUGCCGAGGCAAACGGCACGCUCAAGGAGGAGUACAUGGCGAUUGACUCGGGUGAGCUGCAUCCGUGCGAAGUUGCAAAACGGCCGGAAAACAUGCAUAAGAAUCGAUACGGGAACGUUCUGCCAUACGACCAUUCGCGCGUUAUUUUGUCAGAGCUCCCAGACGGUGGGUCGGAUUAUAUCAACGCAAAUUAUGUUGCUGGUUACAAUAACGAUAGAAGGUACAUUGCAACGCAAGGUCCCACUCUUGCAACAGUCACCGACUUCUGGCUCAUGGUGUGGGGAUCUAGUACUCGCAAGAUCGUCAUGCUUACUAACCUGAAGGACCAACAAGAGAUAAAGUGCGUCAAGUAUUGGCCGGAAUCAGUAGAGCAGUACGGCGAUAUUGAAGUCAGGCUACAUCACACCGACACCACGGAUGACUUCGUUAUAAGAGAGUUCGCUAUGUCACGGGCAAGUAGAAGCAUAUACCAAUUAAAAUGGUCGCGUACCCAUGAAGAGAAGUGCCGACAUCUCCUGCAGUUCCACUUCACCAGUUGGCCCGAACAUGGCGUUCCCACUUGUCUGGAUGCCACAUGUUCAUUUAUGACACGGGUAAGGGGCUUUCAUCAUGGAGACUCUCCAAUCAUCGUCCACUGCAGUGCAGGUACUGGUGCAACCGGUACUUUCAUUCUAAUGGACAGCGUGCUGGAUCAAGCAGAAGACCUGAAGCAGUUGGACGUGUUGUCUCACUUAAAUGCUAUGCGACAAUGUCGGGUCAACUUAGUGGAGUCAUUGGACCAGUACGUCUUUGCGCACCGUGCUCUGGUUGAGCUCCUCUGUGCAGCAUGCCAUUCGAUAAGCGUCACAGGCUUCAUGAAGCUAGUGCAGGAACUCAGAAUUCCAAAUAGUGCUUCCAACAAAAGCAUAAUUCAAGAGGAGUUUGAGGAACUCAACAGACCAAUAUUUCGACAUAACGAAACCUACAAGAGCGCCCUCAGCUACGAAAACGUCGGGAAAAACCAAACACGUGACGUUCUGGCAGGCGACUCCAAACGAUUCCUCCUGUGCCCGCCGCAAAGUUCUUGUCGUACAGACUACAUCAACGCCGUCUAUGUUGAUGGUUACAAAAGCCAAAAUGUAUUCCUGGUGACUCAGUUUCCGCGACCAAACACGGUCGAGGACUUUUGGCAGAUGGUCUCGACGAGCAAGACCACAACCAUCGUCACUUUGGACGGCCUGGAUCCUGCGGAUAAGAACUGCCCCCAGUUCUGGCCGGAAGUUCACCAGACUCUGAGAAACUACGGCUGCUCCGUCUACAACACAGCGACGACGGUAAACUCUGGUAUCGUCAUGCGGACCUUUAGGGUUGAGCAGAAUGAGCAACCUUCUAGAACAGUGCGCCAGUUCCACCUGCAGUGUUGGCCGCGAUCGAAUCCGGUGCCGCCAUCUUGUGACGUCAUAUUGAGCCUCAUUGAGCAAGUAGAAGACUGGCAGAGUCGAUCGGCGAACACUGUGUUAGUCGUUCAGUGCACUGACGGAUGCCGUGCGAGUGGUCUCUUCUGCGCUUCAAGUAUCAUCUGGAAACGAAUGAAGACAGAACAAAUGGUGGAUGUCUUUCAAAGCGUGCAGACCAUUCGAAGAAGUCGAACAGAAUUCGUGCGAGACCUGGUCCAGUACCAGUUUUGCUACGAUGUGGCCUUGGCUUUCCUCGACAACUUGAGCACCUACGCAAACUUUCAGUGAAUGUGGGAUGGUGAUUUACCUCUUGACGUUCGGCCUCUUUUAAGCUUCAAGUGUUCAUUGCAUUUGGUUCAGUGUACGAUCGUACUACCCUUGUAACAUGGGCAGCCCUCAAUCAUCAUUGAAACCAACCAAUAUGUCAAGCCCACCAACGCUUUGCCCUCAAAGCUGUCUUCACCUUUCUGGAUAUCAUACUACAUCCAUCCUUCCCCAGACAUCAUUCCUUCGGGAAUCUAAACUGAUUGAUUUUAAAAGAAAAAAAUGGAGAUGUUAGUCUCGAGCCACUCGGGACUGGCUACUCCAGGACGCGUUAUUAAUAAAAGAAAGGGAAACUACACUAAACUCCUAAUCUAAACUCCUGGGCAUUCUCUGAUACGUCCUAUAUGCGCAAACGACUAGUGAAGGAGCUGUUUAUUCUGGAUUUUUUUUUCAUAAUUUUCUGUGUCUCGGCUGCUUGUAUCUCCUUUUGUUUGCUUGAUAGCUUUUGGGAAUAGCAAGCCUACACCGUGGCUAACCUUUCUCUUCUCGCUUUUUUUUUUUUUUGCUUUGCAUUAAACAUAUUCCCCCCUCCCCCCAGUCACCAUCUCGCAAUAAAGUUGUUGUUUUUGCCCUUGCCCGGUGUAGCGCUUGCCUUAUCCAUGUUAGGUAUAACAUACGUGUGUGAGCACCCAUGUACCUGAACAAGCAACGGUCACAGCAAACCUGGUCUUCUCGUACACUUUGGUAAACUAGUAUUGUAACUAAUGUGAGGGUUAACGUACUAUAUUGAAUAGUGGCAACACUGAAAAAGUAGAAACGAAAGAGUUAUAUACAGAGGCCAGAGUCAUAUUAUAGGAGCAAACACGGAGCCAUCCAUUGUCAGUAAUGUCAGCUAACUGUUUCUUCGCGAUUUUUCUAUUUCCUUUUCCAAAUCGAAACUUGGAGCAAAGUAAGCAAUACAGUGUGUAAACGCUGUUGUCAGUGCUCCUGAACAUUGUCAUAUUUACCCUGCUGCGUCAAGAUGGAGUUUUCCAGUAUAGCGAAUUUUCCCACACCGUCCGUCCCUACAAUGGCUCUACACCGGCCUUGCAUGCUGCGUAUAUUUUUACUCUAUGGUACAUUAGGGUAUUUUAUGGCAAUUUCCGUCAUUUCUUUUCUAUGUGGGCUUCGAUUAUGUGGCCUAAUAAACUCAAUACGGCCCGCCACUUGACCUAAGUUUGAGGCGCCUGGUCUAGAUCACCUUAACUUCGUCAUAGCUGCUCUACAGCAGCAAAAACGGUACAUGACAGCCUGGUUGUAGCUGCGAGUCACCUUCGUUUUGUGUUCAUGUUGAACGUCCAGCACCUGUUGUAAUGCGAACAAGAACUUGGAACUCGGGGGUAAGAAUG